CGAAAAUUCUCUUUUUUCUCUCGCCAAUUUUACAUCAUUUUUGUGCCACGUUGCCAGCCUUUUUGCUUUUUCCUUCCCUUUCUCUCGUUUCAAAUUUGUACUUGUGUCGAUACUCCCUUCCAGAGCACUCAAUCAACCAAGUACGCAUUUCGACAAUGCCUCCUAUUGCAGCAUCUUCUCGAGGUGGUGGUAUGAUGAGCCUGAACAGUGGUAUGAUGAGUAGUAGCAGUAGUGGUGGUGGUAGCGCUUUCGGUAGUGCGAGUGCCUUUGAUGGUGACGGCAAAAAGACGAAAAGUCGGAACAACUUUUUCAAUGGCUUGUUUUCUCAUCGACCCAGGCGACAGCAGCAACAACAAGAAUCACAGCCGUCAGAUGGCUGGAUGUCUCUCUUGCAAGAGGACUUGCGAGGCAUGGUGAUGAAACUGUCACGACACGCAGCGCCACACGACCCAUCCAUGAUUCACGCCGCCAGCUUUGUAGGUUCGGUGGUGUUGCUUUGUGUGGUGAUGUUUGCCGUCAUUUGGAAGCUCUCCUCCAAAAAGAACCCUUCCAAGGAGCAGCAGCAGCGCCCUGUCAUGACUCCAAGUCAGCAACAAGAAUACGAGAGUUUGAUUUUGGCGUUGCAGGAAGAGCUGCAAGCCAAGAGCGUCCACGAAACGGAGCAGGCGAUCCGAUGGAGACAUGAAAAGAAAAUCCUGCAAUCGCGCAUGGAACAGAUGGUGCACCGACAGCACGCCUCACGGGCUUUUGUGGGACGUGAUGAUGAAGACGAAGAAGAGACCACGGCAGACUACAACAAUAUUUCCUCCACUGCCGCUCUACAGAAUCUGCACGACCAAGUGAGAGCUUUGACGACUCUGUCUCGAGAACAAGCCCAACAAUUGGAUUCCAAACAACACCAAAUUGAAAAGUUGCAAAAUGUCAUGGAAGAAAUGCAACAACAAUUGGGCGGCGGCACAACGGAGGCAGAGACCCACAACAAGAACUGGAGCAUUGUCAGCACCGACGAUGACGACGACGACAACGAUCACCAACCACACCACGAAGAAAUGGAUGGAACGUCGCACGAUCAAAUUGUGCAACGUCUCCUCUCCAACAUUGCCCGACAACCCAAUCACGUCCAAGAAGAACUCGAACUCCAGCUCUCCAAACGACGACUCUCCAAACAGUCCCACAGUACUCCUCUCACGACACUCGAAGACGACGCCAAUCAUCAUCAUUUCGACAUUGACACGGACGAUAGUAGUGACGCCUCAUCUGUGGGAUCCACUUCGGACGUUCUCUCCGAUGCCUCUUCUUCCGACGAAGAACCAAUCGUCGACGACAAAAAUACGCUCGCCAACAAUAAUAAACUGGUGCUGCUCCAAAGUACCAUGCCCGGCAAUCUACAAGUCUCCAUGCAUCAAUCACGAUUGGAAGCCAUUUUUCGACACGGAUUGAAACUCUCCACAGACUGCCUGGAAAUUCUCGAUGGAUGCAAUCCCGAGUUGCACCAACUGCGCAGCGAUCUGUUUCGAAUCAGUGGAUUGCAUGCCGUCUAUCCACAGGUCUUUUUGAUUGAGGGUGGUUCUGAUAUUCAAUUUCUGGGUGACUUUGAGACCGUCUUGGAAUUGCAUGAUUCACGACAAUUGCCAGAACGAAUCGGGUUGGUAUUGUAAACUGCAAGGUUUCCAGAGAACCAAAUGAAAGAAGCAAAUCGAAAAAGAAUCAUCAAUCUACUGCAAACAAGGGAGGGAGAGACGAAGAAAAGCAGGCACUCGAUAGGGCUCUGCAGAAGAACUUUCAGAUACUGGACAUGUAACCAAGGCUCUGUUCAGCUGCUGAUUGACCUCCCUCCUAUAUUAGCUACAGGGGUAACGCCGCGAAAAAAUACUAUAGCAGCGUAUUGUAGACGGCAACUUCUCUUCGUUUGCUUGUUUCGAUUACGUUUACUCUCUCUCAAGAAGAGAAAUCCAACUCCACGCAGAGGCUGAGGUUGCAGAAGCUUGGCUCGCUGUACCGUACUGUGCCCAGUAGCUAUCCGGAAUGGCAAAAAUAAAACUCUUCAACACGAUCAUUCGACUGUACCAGGUACCACUAGCUAGCCGCAGCAACGGCGAAGAACAUUGAAGCAUCACGCAUUCUAAAGAUUGAACGAUGUGGCGCCUCGGUGCCCAUCCUUCCCGCGAACGGAGGCCACCGUUGAGCACCGCCCGACCAGACGUAGCUACCGGUACUAGUACAUGCUGUCCAACGGUGCAAUCCGUGGCGGAGGAGGGUGCUGAGAGUGCAUCUCCGCCGAUCCGGGUGCUUAUUGUCUCCACCAGAAUGUCAUUUGGAUGUGCACAGAGUGUCGUUGUAGGGAAUAAUUGAAGAUAAGGGAGAUGUCUUGUCUACAAAGCAAUACGUUCUGUAAACGUUCUCUAAACUGUGGGUCAAUAUCUAAACAAAAUUCGUGUUUGAAGUCAACUUCGCAACCAGACAUACGGUGAGCAACGUUGUUGGGGAGCAUCCUGU